AUGACUGCUGGUUCGGUGUGUGUCCCUCAGAUCAUACCACUUCGAGUGCCUCAACCUGGAAAAGCAAAUCAUGAAAUUGAUAACAAUACUUUUUUGGAAAUGAAAUCAGAUACCCCAGAUGUCAACAUAUAUUAUACCCUGGAUGGCAGCAAACCUGAAUUUCUGAAGAGAAUUGGUUAUGGAGAAAAUAAUACGUUUAAGUAUACAAAACCUAUUACUCUGCCUGAUGGAAAAAUACAAGUUAAAGCUAUUGCAGUCUCUAAAGACUGCAGACAGAGUGGAAUUGUAACUAAGGUAUUUCAGGUAGAUUAUGAACCACCAAAUACAGUUUCUUCUGAAGACAAUGUUGAAAAUAUUCUCAAAGUUUCUUCAAAGCAGGAAUUAAAAAAUGGAUUUGUUGGACCAAAAUUAAAGAAGAAAUAUAAGAACACUGAAAAUAAACCUAGUUGGAAUGUUAACCUUAGAAAGUUUCCAGACCUUGAGAUAGAUGAAAGAACUGACCCUAAAACUCUGAAAGAUCUUCGCUUCUCAGAAAGCCCAUUAGAAAUCCCAGCUUACCAUGAAGGAUCAAGUUCUAGACCACCCACUCAACAGUCCCAGUCUCCUGGUUUUGCACACAUAACUGGCCAGAAAAGUCUGACAAGAACAGAGAUCAUGAGGAUUCAAAGAGAGACAGACUUCCUCAAGUGUGCCCACUGUCUGGCUCCCCGCCCAUCUGAUCCCUUUGCUCGCUUCUGUCAAGAGUGUGGUGCUCCUGUCCCUCCCAUAUUUGGCUAUCGUCUUCCACCCCCAGAAGGAGCGCAGAUGGGCUUGUGUGCAGAAUGUGGAAGCCUGGUCCCCAUGAACACGCCUAUCUGUGUGGUGUGUGAGGCCCCUCUUGCUCCACAGCUGUGGCCUCAGGCAAGCCUCCACUUGAAGGAGAAAGUAGUCUGCCGCACCUGUGGCACAGGGAAUCCUGCUCACCUGAGAUACUGUGUCACCUGUGAGGGGACUCUGCCUUCAGCACAAGAGUCGAUAUGCAAUGGAGAUAAAAYACCUCCUCCGCCCACCCAGAAAGGAGACACCAUUUCCUGCUUCUGUGGUCGCCAGAAUGUCUGCGAGGCGUCCUUCUGUGACUGGUGUGGAGCCACACUUAGAAUUCCUGCUACCCACUCUGUUUGCCCUAAAUGUGGAGCCAGCAAUCACCUGUCUGCCCGAUUCUGUGGCUCCUGUGGAAUUUAUGUGAAGUCCAUGGCAAGAUUCAGCUGGGACAGCAGCCUAGCAACAGUUGCUGGAGAACCUCACCCUUUUUCUGAGCACCGAUCUGCCUGGCAGCCCCUAAAUGUUCCUUUGCCCAGAUCUGACCCUGAGGCAAAGAAGGAGAUGGGCACACAGACGGUUGGCCUGUUCUACCCAUCUGGCAGGCUGCUAGCAAAGAAGGAGCUGGAAAUGGUUUCUCAACAGCAGAGACAAGAGAAGAGGAGUGACCACAAGCCUCCCCUCACAGCCAUCAGCCCAGGAAGGGGAUACUGGAGAAGACAAUUGGAUCACAUCUCUGCUCACCUUAGGUCUUAUGCUCAGAACAACCCUGAAUUCCGGGCCUUGAUUGCAGAACCCAGGAUGGGAAAGCUUAUCUCUGCUACUGUCCAUGAAGAUGGCUGUGAAGUUAGCAUCAGACUGAAUUAUAUUCAAGUCUCAAACAAGAACCUAUACUUCAGCAAGGCGGUGAAUUUCAGUGACCAGUUUCUGAGCGGUGUCACUGAGGGUGGUAAUGGGCUAUACAGCAGCAGGACCAGCUUGGUGAGCGAUUACAGCCAGAGUAUCUUAGAAACCAAUGAAAAAAUCAAGAGGAUGAGGAAUCUCCAGAUCAAAAAAUUUCACAAAAAGAAAGAGCACCUUACACCUGAAAACAGACUCCUACUGGCGGAAGUUGGCCCGACAGGGGAAGGAAGAAUCUCUGUGCUUGAACAGCUGCUGGAGGAAGGAGCAGACCCCAACUGCUGUGACAAUGAUGGUCGACCUGCUAUUAUCGUAGCUGUUGUGAAUAAGCAUCAUGAAGCCAUUCCAGUUCUUGCUCAGAGAGGAGCAGACAUUGACCAGCCGUGGGGACCGCUCAGAAAUACAGCUCUUCAUGAAGCAACUCUUCUUGGCCUCACAGGAAGGGAGAGCAUCGUGACUUUACUAGGAUGCAAUGCAAGCAUCCAAAAGAAGAAUGCAAGAGGCCAGACAGCAUAUGACCUGGCUCUGGAAAUUGGGGAUGACCCCAUCACCUCACUCUUCAAUGCUAAAUUUAGCCAAGGGCUGGAGGACCAACUCCCCCAACCCAGGAACCUCAGCCUGGAGGACUGUUAGACAUGAGGCCUCGC